AAAGGCAAUGAGCUGCUGUAAAUGGACACACUGAUUCUCACACGCUGACACUUUGAGGUUAAAGAAAAAACCUGAAUCUAGUCAAGUUUUAAUACCAUCAUCUGUUGGACAUUUCUAAUAAUCUGUGUGUGGGCUAGAUAAGCAGAAAUGUGUGCUGUGACAUCUGCGUCUCUCUGCUGGACUUUGCUCUCUGUCUGCAUCCUGUUUGUUGCUGCAGACUCGAUAAGCAUCACAGCUGAAUCUGGUCAAACUGUCACUCUGCUGUGUCGAGCUCAAAGCAACAAGCCCAUCGACACUGUAACAUGGAGCAGAUCUGACAUAACAGACGAAAAUGUCCUGAAGUACCACGGUCAGCAACUUCUUCUAUCAUACCAGCAUCCAUCUUUUAAGAACCGGGUGGAUCUGCAGGACAGACAGAUGAAGGAUGGAGACGUGUCUUUGAUUCUGAAGGAUGUGACGAUUAAUGACGCUGGAACGUACGAGUGUCGUGUCAUUCAGAGAGGAAUAAACCAAGAGAAGCUCAUCAGCAGCAUCACCCUGAGUGUUGUUGAUCCUCCAGAUGAGCAAGGUGUACCUGUUGGAGUGAUAAUCGGUGCGUCAGCAGGAGCUGCAGCUGUCCUCGCUUUGAUUGGGGGUGGUAUUUGGAUGCUUUCGUGAGCUACAGAAAACACAAAGAGCAGUUUUAUCAGAAUUCAAACCAUCUUCCUGUUAAUCUAAAAAUUAAAACAAAUCAUUCAAUAACUGAACUGUGAGCUUUCUGUGCUUCUUGUCUGAGCAGUUA